UUGCCCCUCCCUUACCCUCCUACCCCACGCGACAACUCACAUGGGGCAAAUAACAUCUACUCAGUCUUCACAUUAUUGAUCUUUACUUUCAUGAUAUUUGAGAAAGACCAAAAAGGUAAAUGUCCACAUUUUUUAACAAUGUUGCGACCUCAUUGGCCAAUUCUUUGUGUAGUGGACAGUAAAAUGUUCAGCAGAAGAGGAAGAAUGUCCACACUAAUGAGACUAUGACACAAGGAGGGACUAUGGUAGUGGGGUGAUAUUACCUACUGACGGAGCUGUUUGAGAAGCUCUUGCGUUUACCUUAUCAACAAUGACUUUAUUACCUUCAGGAGAGUUCGACACCACAACCACCACUAUCACCACCAUCACUAUCACAACCACCAGUAUCACCACAACCACCACUAUCACCACAACCACCACAAUCACAACUACCACAAUCGCAACCAUCGCAUCCACAACACCAACUACAAAACCAACCGUCACAACCACCGCCACCACAAACAUCACCAUCGAAACCAUCAUCAUCACCACCGCCACCACCACCAAGGUGUAAUCUACUCCUGGGAUUAAGUUAUCGUACUCAAGGGGGAUAAGUCAUCGUCCUCUAGGAAUAAAGUCAUCGUACUCUAGGGAUAAAGUCAUCGUACUCUAGGGAUAGUCAUUGUACUCUAGGAAUAAAGUCAUCGUACUCUAGGGAUAAAGUCAUCGUACUCUAGGGAUAGUCAUCGUACUCUAGGAAUAAAGUCAUCGUACUCUAGGGAUAAAGUCAUCGUACUCUAGGGAUAGUCAUCGUAUUCUAGGAAUAAAGUCAUCGUACUCUAGGGAUAAAGUCAUCGUACUCUAGGGAUAAAGUCAUCGUCCUCUAGGGAUAAAGUCAUCGUACUCUAGGGAUAAAGUCAUCGUACUCUAGGGAUAAAGUCAUCGUCCUCUAGGGAUAAAAUCAUCGUACUCUAGGAAUAAAGUCAUCGUACUCCAGGGGUUAAAGUUAAGUCCUCGUACUCUAGAGAUUAUGAUGCUUCAUCGUGUCAACACAGCUGGCACUGUCCUAUGUCCUCGGUAUUAAAUUCUUGAAAUAAAUUUGAUAAUAUAAUAAGAGUUUCUCUUCCUUAGUAAUUAAAAGUAGUAAUGAUAAUAAUAUUAAGAAUAGAAUAUUAUUAUAAAUUUUAACACAGGAAAUGUAUUCAGAGAUAGUUAUCCUUCUAAUGUUUCUUCACAAAGCAUUUCCUGUGAGAAAGCCCAUGGUCAGGAAACGUUAUCCAAGUGAAUAAAACCUCGAAUCUAUCAUGUAUAACAAAAUAUGAAUAAAAAGGGUUAAAGAAUGAUAAAUAAUUAGUGUUUGGUACAAUCACCUCGAAGAGAUUUGGUGGCGUAACAUCUGUACAUUACCAGGCGUGAUGGGAGGUUGGAGGGAAGUGGUGUGUAAAGCUACCACAUCUGCUAGAGCUUAAUCCUUAGUGAGACUCCCUGCCACACAGGUGCACAUUAAACAACCUCCAGUGGUAGACGCAUGUGGGUGUUUUUUCUGAACAGCCCACAUAUUUGGCCAAUCAACUCUAUGUAACUGGAUUCCCAUCAAAGAAAGAUUCCACUAUAAUCACCGAAUCAUUUCCUUCACGGUUGCUUAGCCAAUCAGUUGCAAAUAUUGGAUUGCCUCAACCACCAAGAAGAACAGUUACAUACACAAAUAACAUCAUCAUACCUGAGGACCACUAAUCAAUCACCCUGAAGAACCAUUGAUCAGCCACCCUGAAGAACCACUGAUCAACUACCCUGAUCAAAUCACUCUGAAGAACCACUGAUGAGCAACCCUGAAGAACCACUGACCAACCACCCUGAUCAAAUCAACCUGAAGAACCACUGAUCAGCCACCCUAAAGAACCACUGAUCAACCACCUUGAAGAACCACUGAUCAACCACCUGAUCAACCACCCUAAAGAAUCACUGAUCAACCAACCUGAUCAACCACCCUGAAAAACCACUGAUCAACCAACCUGAUCAACCACCCUGAAGAACCACUGAUCAUCCAUGGCGCUCAAGAUCAAGUUACUUAAAUUAUUUACCUUGGUUGCGGUGGUGAUUGUUCUUCAUUAUUUUGUUCUUGGCAUCAUUAUGAUAUACAGCUACAGUGAAGGCGGAGGGCUGUGGACGACUGAAGGAACUCCCAACCAGUCGUUGUCUGCGUCACUGGGUGGAGUACGACACAGGGUCCCAAACACCAAAGACAUUGCUAAGGGGAUGACAGCUGAAGGAAAUCCAGAGCCUGCGUCAGGAAAUAAUAAUGAGGAAAACGAGGAAGGAGAGGCCAGGGAAUAUCCAGAGGGUGGUGGCAGGUUGUCUCCCCCUGCCACCUCUUCCUCGCCCAUGUUCGUGUUGCUGUUGAGUUCGCUGGCUCGUGGCGGCUCCACGUUUAUGUCGGAGUUACUCUCCACCAUACAGAGGUCUAUCGUGUACUUUGAGCCUCUCUGGUACAUAGAGAAAAUGGAGUGCAUCCAAGACCCUUUGUGUGCGACUGAGUACCUGUUGGCGGCUUUCACUUGUACUUUCAAGCCGGAUUUCGAGAAGUGGUUGAUGGGGAGACACGGCUUCUUCUCCUACUUCAACGCAGACGUGAGAGUUUGCCUCAUGAUGAAAGACAACAAAAGCAAAAACGAGUGCCUUAAUAAGUUGAGUCUUCCCGAGAUGUGCCGAGCGGCGCCCGUCAGGAUCAUGAAGGUGAUCCGCGGAAGGAUAUCAUGGCUGAAAGAUAUAUUGUCGGAUCCUAAGAUUAACCUCAAGAUCAUACACCUCACUAGGGACCCCCGAGGUUCCCUUAACUCUAUCAGCAAGUUUGGGCCAACUUGGCCACACGAUCCCCAUGAGAGGUGUUCAGUCAUGAAAGAUGACAUGGACGCGUACGAUAAACUCUCCCCAAAGUUUCCAUCCAAGUUACUUCAGGUCCACUUCGAGGACUUGUGUCUCCAUCCUGAGAACGCCAUUGGCAAUAUCUUCAAAUUUCUCUUCGGUAAUUCCAGUCUACCAACUGCUACUCAGCGUUACAUAAAUCUACACAUGAACACGGAAGUAAAACCCAACGCCAUGGGAACCAUCAAGAAAAGCAAAUCGGAAUUCGAGGCGUGGCGCUACAAGAUCCCGGAGCGGCUACUGUCGAAGGUGGAAGUUGAACCGGUGUGUCUAUACACCAUACACCGCAUGCGUCACACGGUGUUUGGAACCCUGGAAAGAGUAAGAAACUCCAGUAUACCUCUUAUACUGCCCUGAGGUCGAGUAAGCAGACGACCUGGCCUCUACUACCAAGGUACAGUCUCACCCAAAAGUUCGAUAACUCUCCCAGUCAGCUAUUGCUGCACUGCCUGCUUCAAAUGUUUGAA